GGUCGCGUUUCACUGUACUUUUAUGAAACUUUUAUUUUAUCUUAUUUUAAAUAUAAUUUCCACAUACAAUUCCAACUAAAGUUGAUCCAUAAACAUAAAUUAAGUGAUUAAUUAAAUAAAACUCAUUCUAAUUCAGCAUAAAUUUUCGAUUUGAACAAAAAGAAAAAAAAUUGUUUCAAGUUAAAAAGGAGUAGAAAAAAAAAGAACAAAAAUGCAAAGUAAAAUGGGUUCGUUCUUCAUCAUCUUCAUCUCGAUCUCCGCCGUGUCGUUCGUACUCCGUCGGCAGUGAAUGAUGAGAAUGAGAAAGAAAUAGCAAAUAGGAAAACUUUAUAUAGCUAUAGCGCGUAGUGUGUGUGUGAGUGAAGGAAUAAACAAAUAUAUCUUAUCAAUUGAAAAGAAAGAAACAGCUUUCUUUUAAAAAACCGGAGAGGUUCUCAUACAAAUAAAAGCUAGAGCGAGGCCAACACAUUCUUUUUUAUUUUUUGACAGAAGUAAUAUUUUUUGUGUGGUUUCGCGUGGAUUUUUGAAAAAUUCGGAAUAAAAUUUAAAAUAAUUAACAAAAAGUUGUAAAUUCAAAUAAAAUUGUAAUUCAAUCGACAAUUGGGAACGCGGAACACCCACAGAGCGUUUGGGAGUAGGAUUCUUUUUUGUUUUUAGUUGAAAAGCAAGCUUUGUCGCCGCUAUUCGCCCAUAGAAAAAUGUCGGAGCCUGAUAGCCCCACACGUCGGGGCGACCUGCAUCAUCACCACCACCACCAGCAGCAGCAGCAGCUCCAUCAAUCAGGCGACGAACGUGAUGAAGCGAAUAACUCGAUUAUCGGAAAAGUUAGGUCACGCGUCUCGAGCAUCUUGCCACAGCAGCUCACCAAAUGGUUCUCACCAUCGGCCUCAGCUGCAAACUUAUCUCAAAGCAACGGUGGGGUCGGAGCGAGUCGUAGACGACGCCGCAAUGAAGAAGACGAUCAUGAACCCCGCGCGGAUAAUUCGGACAACGAUGAAGACGACGAUGGCAGUGACAACAGUGGCGGAGAGGACGCCGACGAAUAUUCAUCUCCAAUAUCGGCUCAGCCGCCAACUAAAAGAUCCCGACUAAAUGUUGAGGAAACUAGAACCAAUUUUAAGGAUAAUCAAAAAUUAGUGUCGUCCACCCCAACAUUGAGGGGACGCCAAAGGACGACAUUUAUAAGUUUACAUGGAAAUCGAAAAGAACCAGCUUACAAUUUCGGUCCUCAACCGAAAUUCACAACAACAAAUACCCUGAGGAGUGUUGUAACCGAGCAAUCUUCAACAGUUGAUUCAGCUGAUAUAAUUGAAGUUGUUCCAGAAAGAAAUCUACUAAACACAAGCAUGAGUUCCCGAAGAAGCCUUAACAUACCUUCCAGCACAUCAACCGAAUCACAUCGUAAUCUAAAUGACUUCAAACGUCGCUCAAUGAUGAGCAUGAGGACAGCUGGAGCGGGUGUUGGUGUUGGUGUUGGUUCGGGUGCCUCUUAUGUACCCCAAUCGUGUACGGGAACAAUAAUUGAAGGAAAUGAUGACGAAGAUGACAACGAGGACGAAGAACGUAGAGCAGUUACUCAAAAUAUUAACAGAGGUGACGAAGACCUAGAGGUCGAUGAUGACGAUGACAAUGAGGAGAGUGAAGAGAUCGCCAAGGUCACAUCAAAGAAGCCCAAAUUCACGAAUGGCAAUCGAAUGGGUCGUUCUUCUUCGGUCGCUACCGAAAGUGGAGAAAGUAGAAGCUCAAGUGUUGCCCAGGUAGCUGCCCCAAAAUCUGGAUUAUUCAAUCAGGGAAAUCGUAGCCUGCGCACAAUGUCGGGCAAUGGAUUGAAUUUCUACAGCCACUUGGAGGGACGAAAAUCGUUAUUCUCAGAGAAGAAUAUGCCGGGUAUGCUUAACAACUCGACACUCUCACUAACGAGCCUCAAUCGUCGUCAAUUCAAUUCAUCCAUAUACGGAAGCACUUCGGCCUUAAGUGACAGUCGUCUCUUGCACACGUCGUCUCCAUUCUAUAAAGGUCAAACAACGUAUGGCGGAGCUGCUGCAUACAGCAAAUUCAACCGCAGUUUGAAUCAAUCGGUCCGCAUUGCCCCCACUUUGAUUCGGCCAACUUCAAGCCUGUCGACAUUGUCGUCAUCUACGAACUCACUGGCCCAAGGUAACGACCAAUCUAAUUCCACCGCCAUUUCCAACACAGCAAAGAGAAUCUUGGAGUUGAUAAACGACUUCUCCACUCCACUUAACGAUGCAAAGAAGAUGGCAAGCAAUAUAAAGACUCCAUCAAUGCUAGCAAAUCGCAAUGCUGCUGGCAAGCGCUUUAGUGAAGCUGAUUUGGCUUCGGCAAGAAGUGUCCGGCUCUCCACAGUGCGCAAACCCUACACACGUCCAGCCGUGACUCUAAAUCCUACCAACAAUGACUCCAAGAAACUCUUGCCGCCACUAAAGGAAUUGCAGGUUCCAUCGAUGUCGCAGCUGCUGCAAAUGAAGAAGAUGCAAAAUUGCACCGAGCGUUCUCGACAAAUCGCCAAUACAUCAAAAUCGGCUCUGAACAGAGAAUGUGAGUACAAGUUGCCAGGGCAGGAUGAAGAACAGACCACGGACAAAAACGCAAAUAAACAUGUCAGCAAGAUCAAGAAUAAGGUCACUGCAAGCUCAAGGGUGAGCUCGAAGAACAACCACGCCGAAGAUGAGGAGCCACCAGCUCCAGCUAAUCUUCCAAACAUCGCAUUUCCAUUUAUGCGGUCUGUGCCGAAAAUCGAUAUUGCUGUUAAUAAUACUGCUGCUUCCCCGCAGCAACCCAAAGUCGAUUUCAAGUUCGCCUCUGCUCCCGAAGCUAAGCCUACAAAUAACUUUAACUUUGGCCUUGCCAAGGAACCAGAAAAAUCAACAGAAAAGCCAAAACCCUCUGUAAACUUUAACUUCGGAUCUGGCUCUUCAUCCUCGACCACAACUCCUUCGAAUUCUGAAUUUAAGUUCUCAUCCCCCGUCAGUGUGAGUUGCACUCCAUCAAAAGGUGAUAUUGCUCCUAUAAAUAAUUUCAAGUUUAGCUCGCCCCUCAUUGUGGGACGGAAAGAAGCUGAAAAGGAAAAGACAGCGCCUCCCACAGCGGCUGCCUCACCUCAGCCUCAGCUGAAGACUGGUAGCGUUCUCGAUGCCCUGAAGAAGCCAACUGAAAAGGCCGCACCCUUGGCUGUGGCCAAGCCACCUAUAACACAAUUUGGGGAUCAAUUCAAGAAGCCUUCCAACGAAUGGGAGUGCUCGGCAUGUAUGAUAAGAAACAAGGACACUGCUGAUAAGUGUGUUGCUUGCACAACUCCUCGGGUUAAACCCGCAGCAGCAGCAGCAGCUCCAACUCUGUCAUUCACAAACACCAACUCGUUGGCAGUGAAAAACACCUUCGGGGAAGCCUUCAAACCCAAGUCUGACACCUGGGAGUGCGAAGCGUGCAUGGUGCGCAACAAGAGUGACGCCGCGGAAUGUGUGGCUUGCUGCACCAAGAAGCCAGGAGCAGCUGCCGCAUCGACUACUGCCAGUGCUCCUAAACUACAAACAACAGAUGUUGGUUUCAAAUCGCUUGUGGCACAACAAAAAGCCUCCAAGUGGGAGUGUGAUGCCUGUAUGACCCGUAACGAUGCUGAACGCAAUAAAUGUGUUUGCUGUGAACAAGCAAAGCCAGGCACGCAGGUGGUCAGCGACAGUGUGCCUCAGUUCAAUUUUGGCACGAGUAGUGCCUCCAAGUUCACCUUUGGAUUCGGUGGAGCCGCUGGCGCCAAAAAGGAAGACGAACUCAAGGCAGAGGCAGUGGCGUCCAGUAAGACUGAGAACAAGUCUGGCUUUACUUUCGGCAUGCCAGCGAAAGCAAACGAUGCUUCCGUUUCCAGCAGCGGCUUCUCCUUCGGCAUUAAGCCUCAAUCAGACACACCAGCAAUUACCUCCAAGGACGUUCCAGAUGUUGUUAAAACAAAUGCAACGACAGGUUUCAAAUUUGGCGUUCAAUCAGCAGACAGUAGUAAGUCGGAUUCUUCUACUACCGCUACUACUACUCCCGCCACGGGUUUCAGCUUUGGCCUAAAACCUGCGGCAGCACCAGACACCAAGUCGGCUAAUGUCACAUUCAAGCUACCCUCGGCUACAGCUGAAAUUAAAAACCCCACCAACACGAACUCCACAGUUACUUCCACAUCUUCCACUCCGGCUUCGUCGUCAAUGUUUAAUACAAUUACUUCAUCGGCAUUUGGCGGGGUGAAGAAACCCGAAGAAGUGAAGCCAGCCGCCGAAACUAAAGGCUUGGUUUUCGGAGCGUUAAAUACAAAUACAAACACAAAUACUCCAGCCCCGGCUGCAGCUAUCAAACCAAUCACAUUCAACGCUACAACGGAUGAAAACAAAAUGCCACCUAAGGCGACUUUUGGCAGCCCUGGAUUCGUAUUUGGCAAACCAGCUACAACGACAUCGUCUGCAUUUUCGCCCAAAGCUCCAACCACCAUGUCUCCGGGCUUUGCUUUCGGAAAGGAUAUGACGAGUGGUUCAAGUACUGCACCUUCUCUGUUCGGUUCACCUUCGGCAGCAACGAGCUCUACAAGUGGCGCGCCCUCAAAGAGUGCAACACCUGUGUUUGGAGCCGCCGCCGGCGCUAACGCAGCUGCACCUGCCACAGCAACAGUCAGCAGUUCCACAACUGGUUUCAUUUUUGGAAAACCUGCUACGACUUCAUUAUUUGGAGCAGCAGCUGCUUCCUCGUCAACCACAACUGCUACGUCUUCAGUUUUUGGUUCAAAACCUGCAGCGCCCAAUUUUUCGGCUCCAGCAGCAGCAGUAGGAGCAACCACAACUUCCACUAUUUCCUCAACAGGUUUAUCGAUCGCAAAUACUUCCUCAUCUACGAAUCCCUCACCGGCGCCAUUUGUAUUUGGAAGUAGUGGAGGCUCAUCUUCAGCUGCGAAUACAAACAAUAAACCGGUUUUCGGAGCAAGCACCUUCGAAGCUUCGUCGGGAACGGCUGCUGCCCCAGCAACAACCGCAUCAAGUUGGCCAACAAACACAUUUACAUUUGGUUCGACAAAACCACCCGAAGAGCCCAAAAGUAACGCCUUGCCAGCUUUUGGAUCACCCGCAUCGAUUUUCGGUCAAACGACGCCAAUGUUUGGUUCUAGCCAACAGCAACAGCAACAAGUAGGUGAGGUGAAACCUAUGGUUGCAGCAGCUCCUCCAUCAGCAGUACCCUCAUUCGGAACACCCUCAGCAACCUCCACAAUAUUUGGUUCGAAUACAACAGCCCCCUCAGGUGGUGCGUCUUCGUCCAGCAAUAUGUUUGGUUCCUCAAGUUCCACCCCUGUGUUUGGCUCCUCGAUGGGUUUUGAGGGUUUCGGAGCGCCAGCCGCGACUGCAACGGCCCCUGCUGCGCCAUCAAACAGCAGCACUAAUCCAGCUGCGAUGCCAACAUUCGGUUCCUCCGCGUUUUCAAGUGGAUUUGGCUCACUAGCAGCUGCCUCAUCGUCAGGCAGUGGAGAUGGAGCACCAGCGCCCAAGAAAGCCGAUAUGGCGUUUAACUUUGGCAGCGCACAGACUUCAACAAAUAGUGGCUUUUCUUUUGGAGGAACCGCCAAUAAACCCGCUGCGGAUGCUGUAUUCAAGUUUUCAACGUCGAGUACACCUAGUUUUAAUUUUACAGGGGCAACAGAGUCAACCAACAUAGCACAACCGUUUCAAUUUGGAGCUCCGACCAGUACACCGGCUGUUUUUAAUUUUGGUGGUGUUGAGACCGAUGCCAACGCCAGGAAUAGUAGGGAGUCAACAAGCAGCUCGUCGAAAAAUGCGGCCAGUAACACGCCGGACGCAACCACGGUAGACCAUAAUGUUUUUGUUAGCAGUAGACAAUGGUUGAGACCGAUUAGGGACGACAAAAAUAAUAACAAACACACGUACAUCAACGCCAAUGCCAUUAGCAGCAGCAGCAGCAGCUUAAAAAGCAGUACAGACUCACAACGAGCUUCUACAACCGCUGCAUUAAAUAAUUUAAACAAUAAAGAGCUUUUAUCAACAUCUUCUCCUUCAACUGUAAUAGUACCAGCAGAUUUAUCAACAACAACAACAACAACACCAACAACAAUUCAAUCAGAUCAAAAACCAUACCAUUAUAAAAAAUCUUUUUUAAUGCAGAAAUACAAAUUUUAUCGAACAUCAACAGCAACAACAACAAAUGAAGCAGAAUCAAUAAACAGAAGUAGCAACAGCGGCAGCAGCAGCAGCAGCAUUAAUCGAAGUAACAAAGUCAGCGAUGGCAAUGGCGGUGACGGUGACCACCACGACCCAAAGGACGACAUGAAAAACAACGACAAAGCAUCGGCUGCCCCUGAUUUUAAGGAUCAUCGGCAUCAGCAUCAGAAUAAGGAUGACCUAUAUAAUCUAUCAAAGACAGACAACGUUAAGACUGGCGACGAAUCGACAAACCCAACUAAAACAAUUAAACACACAUCAACAUUAACAUCAUCAUUUCAUUCAGUUAAGGAUUUUAUUAAUAGUGGCCACAAACAGCAGCCAGGCCAAGAUGAGAUCAAUAGGAUCAACAGAACUGUGCGGCAAACACCACGUAUUCGUCUGCCCUACAAAAAGUUUACUAUCACUUCUUCCACCAGUAAUAGUAGCAGUGCAAGUAGUAGCAAAUAUAAAUUAAUCCGAAAGCGAUCUAUAUCCAGAGAGGACAAACCAUUAUCCUCAAAAUCAACGAAAGCAGCUGCAACAGCAACAGAAACAGAAACAGCAACAUUACCUGUCAGAAGGACUCUUCGGACUUCACUUCCGCCAAAACGAGGUAAAUUAACUUCAUUUUUAGCCAACAAUAGUAUCACCACCACUACCACCACAGCAACCACAACCACAAACACAAAACCCUAUCAAGAUCCAGCAAAGUACAAGUACGUUAAAAAAUCGCAAGGAAAUUGAAAUAAAGGAACAGUGUGACUAAAUGAAUAAAAUCAUAAACCCAAUUUAUUGUAUGACAAGAUAAAUAAAUAAAUAAUAAAGAAAAACAACAACAAAUAAAAAAACUAACAGCGAUUUGUUCCUAGGCAGUAAGACAAAAACAAA